ACAAUACCGAGUGCUUGCUCAACGGGCCGCCUAAACGAUUCAACACCACUUUUUUUCUACGCUAUGAAAGUGCUUGCAAAGAUAUUCGAAUACCCAAUUGACCAAUUUAAUACAUGAGUAAAAAAAUGUGCAUCCACUAAAAUAUUUAGUGUUUAACGCGUUGAUGCGAUUUCUUUAUUAGACCAGGAUUUAGCAGUGGUUUAACAUCUUCAUAAGAUUACAGCAAUUGGCGUCGGAGAUCUCAGGAAAGAGCAGCAAUAUGGAAAAUCCUCAAAACGCGGAGUCCAGUGCCGUGGAAUCCACCAAAAAUGGCGUCGAAAACAUCAAUAUUGGCUCUGAAAGGUCAAAAGAUGGUGCUAAACAAGAGAAGGAAAAUGCUGCAGGUAAACAGAACAAAAAAGCGGAAAGACUAGAAAAGAGACGAUUGGCGGCGGCGGCCGCUGCCACUGCCGUAGAAGAAUCCGAUCCGUUGGGCGGAAACUAUGGCGAUUUGCCCUUUGAAGCCGUUCAAUCUAAGGAAAUCAGUGGCCGGAUUUGGACGAAAGUAGGGUCUUUAACUGAAGAAUAUAAGGAAAAGGAGGUUUUGAUCAGAGGCCGUGCCCAUACCAUUAGAGGAGUGAGUAAUAAGAUGGCGUUUUUGCUGGUGAGAGAGGCAGGGUUUACCGUACAGUGCGUGGUGGCAGUAGCUCCUGAGGUCGUUAGUAAAGGAAUGGUUAAAUUUGCGACGGCAAUUAGCAAAGAAUCCAUUAUUGAAGUACAAGGGUCUGUAACAGUACCGGAUAAACCUAUCAAAGGGGCAUCUCAGCAGGUGGAAAUAAAAGUACAGAAAGUGUAUUGUAUUAGCAAAUCGGUGCCAACUUUGCCCAUCAAUCUUGAAGAUGCUGCUCGGAGUGAAAAGGAGUUUGAGAGAGCAAAGCAGACUGGGGAGCAGCUUGUGAGUGUGGGUCAGGACACUAGGCUAAACUACAGGGUUCUUGAUUUGCGCACACCUGCUAAUCAGGGAAUAUUUCGUCUCCAGUCCCAUGUUUCAAUGCUUUUCCGCCAGGUUUUGAUAUCUGAAGGAUUUAUUGAAAUACAUACACCAAAGUUAAUAGCAGGGGCUAGUGAAGGGGGUUCUGCUGUCUUUAGACUGGAAUACAAAGGACAACCGGCAUGUUUAGCACAAUCACCACAGCUACACAAACAGAUGGCUAUAUGUGCAGAUUUUGGUCGUGUCUUUGAAAUUGGUCCUGUCUUCAGGGCUGAAGAUUCCUUUACCCACAGACAUCUAUGUGAAUUUACAGGUCUUGAUCUUGAGAUGGAGAUCAAGGAGCAUUAUUUUGAGGUAUUGGACAUUAUUGAUAAGCUAUUUGUUUCUAUCUUUGACGGACUAAAUGAGAAAUGCAAGAAGGAACUUGAUGCUAUUGAUCAGCAGUAUCCCUUUGAACCUCUUAAGUACUUGAAGAAAACAUUGCGCCUUACAUUUGCAGAAGGCGUACAAAUUCUCAAGGAUGCUGGAAUCGAAAUAGAUCCACUUGGUGAUCUCAAUACAGAAACCGAGAGAAAAUUGGGACAAUUAGUCAGAGAGAAGUAUGACACUGACUUCUAUAUUCUUCAUCGGUACCCGAUGGCUAUAAGACCAUUCUAUACCAUGCCCUGUGUGGACGAUCCACUCUAUAGUAACUCAUUUGAUGUUUUUAUUCGGGGUGAAGAAAUCAUAUCAGGAGCUCAACGUGUUCAUGACCCAGAGCUUCUAACCAAAAGAGCAAAGGAAUGUGGUAUUGAUGUUAACACCAUCUCAACAUAUAUAGAUUCUUUCAGGUGGGGCGCUGCUCCUCAUGGAGGCGCAGGAGUGGGCUUAGAACGUGUUGUCAUGCUUUUCUGUGCACUAAAUAAUAUUCGUAAAACUUCUCUUUUCCCUCGUGAUCCACAAAGGCUUGCACCAUAAGAACUCAAGUCGAAUGGGUUCACUAUGAACUGAUUCUUGCUUGACAACUUCGGUGCGUUAGGCAUUCACGAUGUUGGAAUUCUGAUCAGGCCCAAAAUGGAUAUAUAUUUCGAAGUGUUGAGUUGAACAAUUGAUUACAAAUAAUUUUUUAAUUUAAAAUAUGAAACAUUCUCCAAGAUGAGAAAGAAGGCUUAUAUACUUUUGUGGGUGGAGAGAGCACACAUAGAAUGAAAAUAUGAUUUAUGGGAAGGAGUCUUGCUAAGAGAAAACUAAUUUUUCA